AUGAAGUCGCUUUCGGUUAUUUUCUGCUCGCUGCUUACGCUCGAGGUAUUUGCCGCUCCGUAUAUUGUCACUUCUUACGUUGUACUCUCUGUCUAUACCCUUGAGGGCUACACCCAGUCUGAUCGAACGCGCGCCUAUACCACUUAUUCUGGAACAACAUAUGCAGAGUCUCUUGCGACUUACACAUACCCCGCCAAUGUCCCUACGACGACCUACUCAGCGCUAUCCACAGUCACAACCUCGGCCGAGUACGCAGGAGUUACAGUUGUAGAGAUCCUCCUCGAGAGUGCUCCAGACUACGCACGUCCGUAUGCAUCCUACGACUCGGAAUCUUUGUAUCUCGAGACUCAGUAUGUCGUCCCUAUCACAUACAGUCCGGAUGCCACUUGCUCGCAGAACUGGACUCUCACCUCCAUGGUCCCCGUUUACGUCCCCGCGAUCGUCACUCCAACUAUUGCCUCUUUAUCCACGUCUGUGUCCACGUACUCAUUUGAGCACCUCAACCCGACCAUGUACACCGAAGUCCUUGCCAUUUUGAACCCCUCGGAUAUCGCUUCAUCGGACGUCGCAUCUGCGUCUGCGACCUACGCGCCAGAGUCGUACUACAUGUCGAACUGCUAUAUGCCGACUACGAAAUGCUACACCUCACCUACCGCGCUGUGCACGCAGGCAUGGUCUUAUGAUUUUUCCUCGUCGAGAUCCAGCAGUAGCUUUUACGACAGGGAUGACUACAACUACUGGACGCCGCUGAUUCUCCUCUGCGUCUUGGUUCCCGUCGGGUGGUUCCUCAUCUGGUUCUUCGUCGGCCUGCUGGAGAGCUGGGUCUCGUUCAAGGGUCUCAUGCUCGGCAAGCACCGCAAGAGAGGGCUGCCGUACGCGUGGUGCUGCAUCUGGUGGCUGUUCCUGUGCUGGGUGGGUCCGACGUACAAGGCGAAGAGUCUAGAGGAGCAGGCUGUUCUGCUAGAGCGCUGGAAGGAGAUGAAGAAAAGGGAGAAGUUCAAGUUGUGGAUGAAGCACGGGUUCAGAUGGAAAUACCCCGAUAUUCUUGGUGCCAAGCCGGAGCUUGCGAAGAGGGCUUUUAGGCAGGGCUUUCGAAAAUCCCCCUGUGCCACCAGCCCUGCUCAACCCAGUAGCCGCAGGCGGCUCAGAGCUCGACGUAUCACCACCUAUGGAAUUCAGCACCACAACAAUUCUGAAGCGGCAAGCCUCCCUUCCAUGUCGAAGCUCGGCUUUCUCAUACUCGGCGGUGGUGGACGAGAUAAUCCGUAUCCAAGAUCAUUGGACUGCACAAGCGUUCAAAAAACUCGGGUGGUGAUAUGCAUAGAUCGGCGUAAUCGAGAUCUUUAA